CGACGAUAUAUGCGAAUAUCAACAUCGGACGGAAGAAGGGUUGAUCAUCAAGGCAAGAUCGCUUCUCAGACGAUUCACUGUGUGCUAAAGGGCAUCAUCCUUUCGGCUUACAAAAAUACAAAACAUCACCCAUAUUUCCAAAAAUGGCGGCAAAGGGAUAUAGACUCAUUCGAAGGCCAUGGCGCAUGAGGCGGCCACUCUACUUUGGCAUGGUUUUCGAGUUACUCGGCAUCGUCGGUGUCCUCGUUCUCUUCGGAGUCCAGCAACCAGACGUUUUCCGCACACAGUUCUGGGAGAUCGGCCAUCUCAUGGGAUGGAACUCAUCACCAAACAUGAUUCUCUACGCAUACGCCAACCACCAACCCUUACCUACAGUGCCCUUUGUAUGGUCACAACUAUUAACAGAUUACAACGUCGCCAUCUCCGUCGUCUCCCUCUUCAUCUUGCUCGUCAAGAUGAUCAUGAUCAUCAUGAAGUUCUUCUACCCGGUCCUCGGUCUGAUCGUCAGUCUCGGCCUCACGGUGGUCUACACCGUCUCCGUCUAUGGCCAAGCCGGGCCUGAUUACGCCGACCCCGAGCACCCUAGCCCUGUGCCGUGGUACAUUGCCAAGUCGUGCUCGGUCGCGAGGCCGUUCAACGCCGAGAAGAACUGCCAGAUUGCCAAGGGCGCUUUUGCUGCUACCAUUUACAUGCUAUUCCUCUACCUAGCAAACUUCGCCCUCUCCGUCUGGUCCAUGUGGCCCAACAAGAUGCUCGACAUGUACGACGACGACGACGACAGCAACUCGGGCGACGAGCAAGAGAGCAAGCCCAAGGGCAAGCUGCCAAUCGUCAACGUCACUGCUCUUCACGGCGGCAUUGGCAUCAUGAGCGGCGGCAGCCCCAGUACGGGAUACUACGGAAACAAGGAGUGGGAGAUGCAACCUACGCAGCAGCCUCCUACGAGCCCGAGGGCGGUGCACAUGUCGGGGGCAAUGGGCGGUGGUCAUGGGGGUGUGGAGGCACCAAUGUUCACGCCUAGGACGCAGGCUUUUCAUGCGUUGGAUCGGAGGUUGCCUUUGAGGAGCGGUUGAGGGGUCCGGGUGUUGGUGUGUGUUAUGUGGAACGAAGUGAUGAUGGCGGGUACUUAUGGAUGUGCGCGUACGGGCACUGCUCAAAGUCAGCGCGUGGGAGAUGAGUCCAAUUUCAUUGGACGAGGCCAAUGAUUACCUGUUUGGGUUUCCUGUUCAAU